AUGGUGUCUACGCAAUACGUUUGCAGUAAAUGCCCUGGUCUCCAGAUCUCUACGCAGUAUGUUGAUUACGAUGGGGCAGCCUACGGGUUGGAGGAUCGUCCACUUCGAGUGAAGCCGUUCAAAGGAAGCCAACCGAUUGAACAACUGAAAUACAUUCCUCUUUCGCUCCUUCCUGAAGGAGACGCACUAGUUCAACGGCUGAUCACUCGAGGUCUUCGAGCCACUGUGCUGAAUCAAGCUGGCUAUAUGAUGCACGCCGGCUUCGCCGAGUUUGGGAUCGUCGAGCUCCCAGUCGAGAGAUAUGUCGAAGGGAGGAUUCGCAUUGAUCCAGACGGCUAUUCCAAGUAUGGCAGGACCAUCAGCUUGCAUAACAUGCCAGAGGAAUUGCAGUCUGACACAGAACAAUUUUCACAAACGCAUUUGAUGCUCAUGUGCUCGAAGAUUCGUGGUUACGACUUCGCCAACAAGGAAUGGGCUGAGUUUGAGGUGGACAAUAUCACUGACAUUGUCUGGAGCGACACUGCCUUCGAUCAACUCGUCCUCUCGGCUGCUCGCAAACGACUAAUCAAAGCCCUUGUCGAUGGCAACGAGCCCUACAAAAACAAUCUAGAUGAUAUCGUACGAGGCAAAGGACAAGGGGUCAUUCUGCUGCUCAGCGGCGUGCCAGGUACCGGCAAAACACUGACAGCAGAAGCGAUCGCUGAGCACUUGCGAAUCCCACUUUACUCUGCGACUGCUGGACAGCCGGACGCCUCAAGUACGUAUCGACUUGAAACAUCACUGGAAAGGAUGCUGCUCUUAGCUGCCAGAUGGGGCGCUGUGCUUCUCCUUGACGAAGCAGAUGCGUUCCUCGAAGCUCGAAAGGAUGGCGACACCGAGCGCAACCAGAGAGUAGCAGUGUUCCUCCGCUUGCUGGAAUACUACAAAGGCGUACUGAUAUUGACUACAAACCGCCAAGUCACUUUUGAUCAAGCGUUUCACUCUCGGAUUCACCUGACCAUGCACUAUGACGCUCUCGACCACCAUGCUCGCACUCAAGUCUGGAAAACAUUCCUGAACAGGACCGACCUCACAACCUCCGAAUACGAACAGCUUGGGAACCUGGACCUCAAUGGCAGACGCAUCAAACACAUGGGCAAGAUGGCGCAGCUUCUGGCACAAUCUGACAAAGCUGACUUGAGCAUGGACCACAUCAACGAGGUCUUGGAAGUGGCUAUGCGCGGCGAGCAGUCUUUUGCUACCGAGUAG